CUUUUCAUCCAUGGCGUUCUCUCCAUUCUUCCCGAACCAACCAUCCACUUCGGUGCCAAUCCUCUUCCUCCUUCUUCUCAUCCAUGCUUCUCUCUCUCAACCCUCUCAUGGGUUCUCCAGAUAUGGGCGUGGAAUUUCUGAGGAUGCUUCAACUCGGCAACUAUUUGAGUCAAGGGCCACUCAGCACCCCAACAAUUGUGGAGAGCUUGUGGUGCAGUCUCAGUGCUCACACUACUCAAAGUGUAGCUGGUGUACCAGUGAGGUUCUUGAUGACAUGUGCUUCGCUAAAUCUGAGGCAUGGAGGUUGCCCCAUCAGGUUUAUUCUUGUGGGUUGAUCCGGUGAGAUCCAUUCCAUUUUUCUGGUUUUGUCAUUAGGAUCUGUGCCACGCAAAACUGCAAUAUAUGUGGCGCUUUUGUUUUAGAAAGAAAAUCUCUCACUGUGUAUGAAAUUAUUAAUUGGAAGAGGGUGCUGUUGAACUUGUAAUGG